AUGACAACUGAAGUUGGCUCAGAGACUGAAGUAAAGAAAGAUUCUGAGCACCUGGGACCAGAUAAAGCCAAGGACAAGCCUGAAGAAGCAUCAGAAACUCCAGAAAAUCAAAAGUCCAGGAAAGCAUCCUCUGAAGAAGCUCAAGAUUCUUCCUCUGUCCCAGUACCAACUAGCCAAAGCAGUCCAAGUAGCCACAAGAAGGAAAAAGCUUCACCUGAAAGCAAGGGUAUUUCUCGUUUCCUUCCACCCUGGCGUAAGAAACAAAAAUCAUACACCUUGGCAGAGCCCAAAGAUGAGAGCAAGAAAAAGACCACAGGGGAAGAACAAGUUGCCAAAGAAUGCCCAACGGCAGAGGGGGUGGCUCAGCCAAAAAAGAGCGUGGAAGAAGCAGCAGCUGAAAAUCAGCGCAAUGCUAAAGCAGAUGACAAAGUAGAAAAACACUCUGUUAGUAGUGCUGAAACACAGCCUGCCAAAGAAGGUGGUAAAGAAACGGAAGUAGAGAAAGUUGCAGAGGAAAAGGAAGAAAAACAAGAAGAACAAGAAAAAAGAGAGACAAAAGAAGUGCAGACAGCCGAAGUUAAAACUGAAGACAUCCCUCAGAAGUCUCCCAAGAAAAUCAAAACUGUGCAGUGUAAAGUGAUGCUUCUGGACGGCACGGAAUACAGCUGUGACCUAGAGAAAAGAGCAAAAGGCCAAGUGCUGUUUGACAAAGUGUGUGAACAUCUCAAUUUACUGGAAAAGGACUAUUUUGGAUUGUUGUUUUAUGAGAAUUCAGAACAGAAGAACUGGCUAGAUUCUUCGAAGGAAAUUAAGAGACAAAUUCGAAGUUUACCUUGGAUAUUCACCUUUAAUGUGAAGUUUUACCCCACUGAUCCUUCACAGUUGAUUGAAGACAUCACUAGAUAUUUCUUGUGCCUACAGCUUCGUCAGGAUAUUGCUUCUGGUCGCCUGCCAUGUUCUUUUGUGACUCAUGCCCUCCUGGGCUCAUAUACCCUGCAGGCCGAGCUGGGUGAUCAUGACCCCAAUGAGCACCGCAGUCACUACAUCAGUGAAUUCCACUUUGCACCCAAUCAAACUCAAGAAAUGGAAGAGAAAGUAGCUGAGCUACACAAAACACACAGGGGCUUGACUCCAGCACAGGCGGAUUCCCAGUUCCUAGAAAAUGCUAAGAGACUUUCCAUGUAUGGAGUGGAUUUACAUCAUGCCAAGGAUUCUGAAGGUGUGGAUAUCAUGCUGGGUGUAUGUGCUAAUGGACUGCUCAUUUACAAAGACAGACUCCGGAUCAACCGCUUUGCUUGGCCAAAAAUUCUGAAGAUUUCCUAUAAGCGAAGUAAUUUCUACAUCAAAGUCAGACCAGCAGAACUGGAACAGUUUGAGAGCACUAUUGGGUUCAAACUGCCAAACCAUCGGGCUGCUAAAAGGUUAUGGAAGGUUUGUGUGGAGCACCAUACUUUCUUCAGACUUGUAUCACCGGAGCAGCCUCCAAAAGCAAAGUUUCUGUCCUUGGGUUCCAAGUUCCGCUACAGUGGACGUACGCAAGCGCAGACACAACAGGCCAGCAACCUCAUAGACAGACCAGCUCCCUACUUUGAGCGCACUUCAAGCAAACGUGUUUCCAGGAGCCUUGAUAGAGCUCCCAUGGGUAUCUCAGACCAAAGUCUGCUAAGAGACUUUGCUGCUGGAGAUAAAACCAUUGACAUUGAAGCUGCUGGUCAGGCCAAGUUAAAAGAAGGUGGCAGAGAAGAAGAUGGAAGCCCAGUCAAAACUCCUCAAUUAGAAUUGCCUCAGGAUGGAAAGAGCAAUUCCUUGAGAGUAGACGGGGAAAAUAUUUAUGUCAGACAUAGCAAUUUAAUGUUGGAGGACCUGGAUAAGACCCAGGACGACUUACUGAAACACCAGGCUAGCAUUAGUGAGCUCAAGCGCAAUUUCAUGGAGUCCACACCUGAACCACGCCCAAACGAGUGGGAAAAGCGGCGUAUCACACCUCUGUCCCUACAGACACAAGGGAAAAGAGGAGACCACAUUUUCCAAGUGCAAACGCUGCCUGGGAAGGAGAAGCAAUGGACUGCAAUGCCACGGAUUGCUGGAGCAAAACCAGAGGAAACUGAUAAGAGCCUAGAAGAGGAGAUCACGUCCAUUUUGUUUAGUAAGGAGGGCUUUUGCGCGGGCCCGAGAGGGCCCUUCGCCGCUGCCAGCGUGGGGCCAGCAGAGGGCGCUGCGGGGGAAGAGACCGCCGCCUCGGCCGCGCCGCCGCCCCAG